CUUAUCCAUAUGAAGAGAGCAUGUGAGAGUCGUCGCAAAAUGGCUUCGCUACUGUGUUUGAGGUCGUUUUCGAAAGCUACGAUUUGUUUCUAUUACGGAUCUCAAAUCACCAUAAACUCGUCGCCUCUUACCAUGGUUUUCAGGAUAUUUUCUUUUCAAAGAAAAAGGAGUGUUUCUUGGGUUAGUAAUAUGCAACCAUCGAGGAGACUUUCUUUGACAUCUGUUUUGAGUUGUAGGAGAGAAAGAUUCCAACAUGAACACCCUCAGAGAAGUGUUUUGCUUGUGGACGAAAUUGGUGGUAACCAAGGUGAGAUGUCAUUUGAACAAGCGUUGCAGAUGGCGAAAGAAAAAUCGCUUGAACUUGUCCGGGUGAACACGAUUAAGAAGGACGAUUCAGUAAAUAUGCCUGUCUUCAGAUUGAUGUCGACUGGUAGACGUACCAACAUAAGAACUAGAGCUCGCUCUCUUGAAGAUAAACCACCGAAGACAAAGACUAUUAAAGUUAAUGACAGGAUAGAAUUCAAAGAUUUAUUUUUCAGAAUAAAACGGAUUGAAGGUUACCUGGAAAAGGGUUACCAAGUAAAGCUUUGCGUUAAAAGCAAAAAGGGAGGAAGUGUGGAGUCAACAUCCGAUGAUAAAUUAAAUAUCAUAAAGCAAGUAGAGCAAGAAAUGAAGGUAAACUAUACAACUGGAAGGCCUGUAGAGGAAAGCAAAGGCAUCAUUGUUUGUGUCUUUAAACCUGCAUAGUUUUAAAUUGAUAGCAAAACUAAGGAAGACAUUGGGGAGUUAGAGAAUUUCGGAAAUCUCCUUUUCAAAAUGAGACACAGAGCAAUACCUCUCUCUUGUAAAUUUCACUGUUAUUUGCUUGAGAAUAAAAAUUAUUUUCACAUUCAA